AUGACUACCACAGAGGGGUCUCGACCGGAUGAUUACCCCUACCUCACACAUCCCUUCCGGUCAAUGAAAACCGAAUAUGAUGUUGUCGUUGUCGGGUCUGGGUAUGGAGCUGGUGUUGCGGCGAGUCGGAUGGCUCGAGCUGGGAAGAGCGUGGCAGUCCUCGAGUUGGGUUGGGAGAGACGGCCACUAGGCGGCUGUUCACUUAUUAACGCGGGAGUCUUCCUCGAAGCCGAUCAACAAACCCUGCAUAUGAGUGAAUGGCCCUCAGAGAUAAGGAACGAUAAUUCUGCGCUCCGACCGUACUACUCGCGCGCGGCAAAGAUGCUGCAGCCUUCACCUUAUCCAGAAGGCCAUCCGCGUCUUCUGAAACUUGAAGCCAUUCAGAUGCAAGCUGAGUGGCUAGGCAAGGUAGUAAGUUUUUACCGCACGCCCCUCACAACAUUCUUUCGUCGGGAGCGCAACCAUGUCGGCGUGAUGAUGCAGGAGAAUCAAGGAUCGGGUGAUGAAAGUACCGGCCUGAAUGAUGGAUCCAAAAACACGGUUCCUACAACUUACCUUACAGAUGCCUGGAACUGGGGCGCUGAGAUCUUCUGCGGCUGCGAAGUACGGUAUAUAGAGCAAGUCCCAAACCAGAAGGGUUACGUGGUGUACUUUGCCUGGCAUGGGAGUGGGAUGUCGUCGUUUGGGGAAGAUGUUAAAUCCCAAUUGUUUUGGGUCAAAGCUGGUGUCAUUUGGCUAGAACGAGUUGUGUUUCCUUGGGGCCGGCGCAUUGGGAACAACAGAGAUUUUACUUCGCUCAAAAAUUUUCGGUCUGCCAAUCUCGCCCAUGGUGGGAAGGAACAUUUCAGGAAAUGGGGACAUGUUGGUCUUUGCUCAGGUUACAACGGCGACUCUAAGGUGAACGGCAUCUCGGGGGCAGCAUCAGGCCCUGCGAGUCGACCAGGUCCAACAGUCACCGGCGUUGUGGAUCGAAGAGGGGUAUCCUCAGGGGGUGCCCUGGCCGGUUAUGUAAUUGAAGAUGGAUGCAUACCAAAAUCUUUGAGCCCGCUGAUCCAAGCCAUGCUUGUGCUGCAGACCGUUCGUUUCCCGGCAUCCAGGUCAGAAUCUGAGAGCAUGUCUCGGAUUUGGAAGAUGCUCAAGAAGCUUUCUGCCAAAACGUUUGAAUUGAGAGGAGCUAUGCAACGCACGUCAACCUAUCUUGUCAUGUCACACGACAGUAACGAACUCACACUCACCCUGAAAGGUGAUCGACCAAUUCUGCGCGGACCCGGAGAGGGACGGUCUGAAAACUUUUCUAACAUCCGAUACGCUCUGAGUUAUGUCAUUAGCCGGGCAGGAGGGAAAAUAGGAUCUUCACUUCUGCGUAGUCGUGAACAGGAAGAAGUCACUGUCCAUCCGCUCGGAGGUGCCAAUAUGAGUAGCGACGGCACAGGUCGUGGCGGUGUCACUGACCAUCUAGGCCAGGUGUACAUAGGUCAUGGGAGUGCGAAACAUGAAGGCCUUGUAGGUACUGAGCUACACAGCUUCGUUGCAUCUUCUAACAUCUUAGGUGUAAAUCCUAUGGCGACAAUAACUGCGCUUGCCGAGAGAUCCGUUGAUUUGAUCUCCAAGAGGCGACAGUUCUCCAUUGAUACUUACACUCCCAACGGGAGACUUGACGCUUCUUCGCAGCCGACGGUAUCAAAGAGGGAGGCCCAUGGAUCUCAGGACACAACUAAGUCAAAUAAGCCACUAUCACCAAUUGGAUGGCAGUUCUCCGAGGUCCUCGAUGGGCACAUAUAUAUGCAAUCAAGUGAUGUAGGCUUUGACGCAUGCGAAACACUAGGUCGCGGUUCGUCCUGCACCACGCGCAUGUUUCUUACCGUCGAGAUUUGCCGAAGGAUAGGUGAGUCUCCAUAUGUUGUGCAUGGCGAGGUUCUCACAAUUUUAGAUACGUUUGGAUUACAGUAUGAGGGCAUAUGUACUGGAACAGUAGCCUGCCGUGGACUAUCCAGAGGUCCGAUGAGAGUGGUCGAUGGCAAGGUUCGGUUUUUCGUUCAGUCAAAGGAGCAAGCCGAAUCAACGACUUUGAGAUACUCACUUCAGCUCCUUUCAUUGGAAAACAUUAAGUAUAAUCUCGAAGGGUACAAACUGAUUGAUUCGGCCUCCGCGUUCUCCGUUCGCGGAAUGUGGGAGGCGACCACUAAGGUCAAUGUUCAUAUCACUCAAGGUGAUGGGUUGAAGCUUGCUGUGGUCUUCCUCCGACCUUUUGCACCGGCACGGGAACUUCGCCGCUCCUCUCACUAUCACCCUACCCAAAAACAGGGACCCUCGACUACAGCAUUACUUAGGACAAGUGAUGGAGUCACCGUGGGUUUAGAAGAGUAUGAGCCGCUGCCAAGCACAGACGAAGUUAUCAAAAGCCAGGUUACUGGCCCUCGGCCAGUAUUGUUUAUCCCAGGAGUCACCGGUAAGGCUGCACAUAGCACCUUUGCGCUCCCAUAUUUGCGAUGCAACAUGGUCGAGUAUUUCACAUCACGCGGGUGUCGGUGCUACGUCUUGACUCCUCGCUGGGGCAGCGACUCUACAACGUCAGCGCAGUGCACCGUUUACGACUGCCGCCUCGACAUUGCGGCAGCACUGCAACACAUUCUAGGCCAGCAGAAGCAGAAGCCAUACGUAGUAGCCCACUGCCAAGGCUCCGUAGCACUGGCGAUGGGUCUGUUGGACGGCACCAUCAACCGCACACACAUACUCGGUAUCACAGCCAACGCCGUAUUCAUGACGCAGGUCCUAGCCUACUGGAACUCACUAAAAGCCGCCACUCCAGCCCUGAUUCGGCUAUACGAGUUCAUCUCAGGAACACACUACCCAAUUGGCUCGCCUGAUGGCAACAAACCAAUUCAUAAAAUCCUCGACAUCCUCCUUCGGUUCUACCCCGUUGAAAACCGCCGAGACAUUUGCACCUCGACACAUUGUCAUCGAACCACGUUCGCAUUCGGGUUAUGCUGGAACCACAAUAAUCUCGACGCUAACAUACAUGACAAUGUUGGCGAGUUCUUCGCAGAUACGCAUACUAAGCUCCUCGAGCAUGUUACCCGUAUGGGGACACAUGGAGCGUGCUUGGAUAAUGAGCUUCGUCCCCUUCUCACAGAUCGGAAUCUGCGUAAUCUGCAGGGUAUUCCGAUUCUGUUCAUGUCAGGCACAGUCAAUGAGGUGUUUAAGCCCGAGUCGACUCUACGAGACUAUGAGAUGCUGAGACGUCGAUUCGGGGAGCAUCUGUAUCGUCGAUUCUUGGUUGAGGGAUAUGGUCAUUUGGAUCCGGUUAUUGGGAAGAAUGCGGCGGAUGAUGUUUAUUGGAGGGUUUUCGAGCAUGUUAAGUGGUGUGUCCAAGGUCAGGGGGAUACAAAGAGAUGA